GUUCAACGCUAUCAAAUAUUCGAGUUGUUGUUUUGUAUUUUCUCGCGACGAAUGUGACCAGUCCUGUGUUAUUUUGUAGUCUUCAGACGGAAACACAUCUGGCUGCCUUUAUGUCGCAACAAACCAUAGCGAGCCCCUCAGGCGGACUGGCAGCGAUAUUAACGUGUAGAGUGUUUUAAUGCGUUUCUGGGGAAUACACCUCGCAUCCUGAGUGUCCCGCGCUUGUCAGCAGAGCGUGUUUUCUCUCCAGCAUCAUGUCGUCUGGCGCUCCUGUGAUGAACGGCGACGUCGCUCGCUCCCCGACUCAGACCGGUACCCUGGAGGACACACUGCUGAUGAUGAACAACCUCAUCCGGGAAAACCGAGACUUGAAGGUGGCCCUGCGUGAUUCCAAUCAAACGAUGAAGGAGCGUUUUGAUGACCUGUCUGCUUGGCGAAAUAAGCAGCUGGAGGAACGGAACUUCCUGGAGUCAAGGUUGGACGAGGCUCGCGUUCGCAUUGAGACACUGACUUUGGACAACAAGGAGAUGAAGGACAAGCUGGAGGAGUCUGAGAGAGUAGCAGGAACCAAUGCAAACAGACCGAAACCGUCUUCGACAGCGGGACCCGAGCUUGAGACCUUAAAGACGUUGGUUGCUCGACUGCAAGCAGAGAAGAACGACCUGGUGGCCAUGAACUCUGAGCUGCAGCUCAAAGCUGACCAGGAAUCGCAAGAAGACUUUAUUGAGGUCAUCAAAGUGACGGACAGUAGUAGCUCCGAUGGUGUGAGCGAUUCAUGUGAAUCAGUGCGCAGGAGGCGACCAGAAUGGACGAGUGCAAUGGCGUCUCGGAUGGACAAUGAGGAGUUGACAGUGAGCCAACUGCUGCAGUCGCUAAGGAACGAGACCAAGAGGGCUGAGACAUUAGAGGCCCAGCUGAGGGCUUCUGUUGCCAAAAUCAGAGAGUUGGAGGAGGAGAAGAGUAAGGUUAUGGAAUCAACACAGACCAGUUUGACUCCUGAGGUCACCCAGGAAGAGGCCAACUCUGAGGUGGAGAACCUGAAGGCUCAGAUGAGGUCACUGUUCGAAGAGCUGCAGCAGGCUCAGAUCAAGCUAGACAAGGCGGAAAGCAUGAAAAAGAACCUGCAGGACAAGUACCGGGAGGUGGAGCAAGAUGUGGUGACCCUGAAGGCCCAGCUGAUGCAGAAACAGGCCGUCCAGCAGGAGAAUGAGCGGCUGAAGUUGCAGCUGGACAGCAUGCAGGCACAGAGUCUGAUCGAGCAGAGGAAGGCUGGGGAUGAGAGGAACAACUUGGCACAGCUGAAAGACGCGUACACCAAACUGUUCGAAGACUACAGCGAGCUGAAGGAGGAGAACAAGAAGCGGGAGGGUCAGUUUGUGAAGAAGGAGAUGGCAGAGCAGCUGCAGGAGCAGUUGACUGAGGCAGAAAAGGCACUUGCUGCCAAACAAGAGCGCAUCGACAUCAUGAAGCAGGAGCUCUACCAGAAGGAAAAGGACGAGGAGACCAUCUCUGUGUACAAGACUCAGGCCGAGAUCUACUCCUCUGACUUUUACGCCGAGCGAGAAGCGAGAACAAAACUCCAUGAGGAGAAAGAGCGACUGGCUACUCAGUUGGAGAUUGUCAGGAAGCAGAACAUGCAGCUGCAGGAAGAGAUGGAGUCGCUGAGCCGGCGGUCACUUAGUGAGAUCCAGAGGAGACAUGUGGGAGGGAAUGCAGCAGGGUCCUCCCUAGUGGGCCGAGGUCCUGACUGGCAAGACAACAUUCCUGAACAUGUGUGUCCUAAGUGCAACGAAAUCCUGCCGGACCUGGACUCCCUCCAGAUCCAUAUCAUGGACUGCAUCAACUAGAUGCCGCCGUCGCUACAGCCACCGCAGCAGCAAUCUUAGCACUUUAAUCUCUGUCUUCCUCUGCUUCUCUUCUUCUGCUCCUGCAGGGAUCAGUCAACAGUUUGAACUCUUCUUAACCCACAGAAAAACGCUGUAAUUUUUUAAGGCAUUUUUUGCUGUUAAUUUGAUUUGAGUUGCACAAGAAUGAAGGCUUGUGCUCACUGUUGAUGCCAUAACUUCACAUUUUAUAGUCACUUCCUUUUCUGGCCGAAAGAAUGAUUGAAGCUCAACCAGUUAAAUCAUGAAAUAUACCUCUAUUUAUCUUGGAUCUUUUGGGGUGUUAGGGAAGAAGAGCAAUUCAUGCCAUACAAGAUGUGUAAGCUUUGUUUAGUAAAAAGCUUCUUUUGAACUUUACGACAAACAAAAAUAAACCUAUAAAGAACCUUCUCCACA